GCCCACGCUCUUACCAUAUUAUUAAGCCUACUUCAAUUAUUAUCUAUCCCUAACUAAUAAAAAAUCAAAUUCAUUUUUUUUUUGCUAAAUCCAUCCAUCCAUUUCGAACUCAUUUUUACCUCAAUCAAAAUGUCCACCUCCGCCUUCUUCACCGCCGCCGUCUCUUUCUCCCUCUUUCUCCUCUCUGUGCAAUCCCUCCCCACCGCUUCCUCCGACGUUGAAGCUCUCAAGGCUUUCAAAUCUUCCAUAAACUCAUCAACCAUUGCCCCUUACUCCUGCUUGGGUUCUUGGGACUUCUCCACUGACCCCUGUUCACUCCCCCGCCUCACCCACUUCAUCUGCGGCGUCUCUUGCUCCGGCAACCGAGUCACCGGACUCGUCCUCGACGGUGUUGGCUAUUCCGGCACCCUCACCCCCGCCAUAUCCAACCUCACUUUUCUCAUCACCCUUGACCUUCACGAUAACAGAUUCUUCGGCCGGAUCCCCGCCUCUCUGUUCUCUCUCCUUAAAUUGCAAAAGCUCGUACUCCGAGGUAACUCGUUCUCCGGCUCAGUCCCGCCGUCCAUCUCCAUGCUCAAAUCUCUGCAGGAGCUGGAUCUCUCCCAGAACUGGCUUUCUGGGUCGUUGCCGGUUUCCAUGAACUCGCUCCCCUGCUUGAGAAAGCUCGACCUCAGCUACAAUCGACUCACCGGGUCGAUACCGCCGCUGCCGCCGACUCUGAUUACGCUCGCGAUAAAGGCCAAUUCUUUAACCGGGUAUUUGCAGAAAUCGUCGUUCAACGGGUUGACUCAGCUGGAAGUCGUCGAGCUCAGCCACAACUCGUUAGCCGGAAAGCUGGAAUCUUGGUUCUUCCAGCUUCCGGCGUUACAGCAGGUCAACAUGUCAUACAACAGCUUCACGGGGCUUACGGUAUGGAAACCGGUGAACGGUAACAGAGCCCUCGUCGCCGUCGAUGUGGGAUUUAACAAAAUUCAGGGCUACCUGCCGGAAAAUUUCGCCUACUAUCCCGGACUGUUGUCGCUGUCUUUGCGGUACAACAGGCUACGAGGAUCCAUUCCGCCUCAAUACGGGAAGCAGCAUUCAAUAAGGAGGCUGUUCUUGGACGGUAACUUCUUGAAAGGGUCUCCGCCGGCGGGACUGUUCUGGUCCGGUGGGAAAGGUAAUUCGUCAUCAGUUGCCGGCAGCCUGGGAGACAAUUGCCUUCAGCAGUGCCCGCGCUCCUCGGAGCUUUGCUGGAAACCUCAGAAACCUGCGUCAAUUUGCCAGGACGUCUAUGGUGGAAAAUUAAGCCAGGAUCUUAGCUAGCUAGUGUAGUGUCAGUCAUUCAAUGUACAAAAGUUUUCGAUUCAAACUUGAAACACGUGCUCGCUCAGUCCCUCUUUUUUCAAAUCGAUUCUUUUUCUGUAUUUCUCCUUUUUUUGUUUUAUUUAGAAUUAUAUGUAUUCACGGGCCUGUAAUUUUUUAGUUUACAUUUUGGGAAAAUUAUACAAAUAAGACCCAAUCAUAUGAAGUUUUCAAAAUUAGGAUUGCAAGUAUGAGUAGGACUUAAGUGCAUACAUUUUGACGAUUAUACCCUCAAAUUAAAAUCACAUAGCUCUACCAUAUCAAAAAUUUUUAGAUCAAAAUUGUUCUUCACAGCUUCCAAAUCACAACCAGAAAAAAUAACAAAAAAGCAAGUCGAUCGACUCUGAAGAAAUCCAACGAAGAAAAGAUUGGAGGAUACAGAUGUUGAGAACACCGAAAAGGAAAACUACCCCGACAGAGAUUUUUGAAGCAUAGGCUCAAUAAAAAGGAGAUCAAAACUCGAAAUCGUGUUUCAAUCUGAAUGAUCAUAUGAACAUAAAGGUCUAUACAUCUCUUUUGAAGAUAAAAUAAAUGUAUGAAUACGAUUAAUAGGCUGUUGUGUUCAAUCAGUAGAGAUUGAUCCAGAAAACAUAAGAUUCUGAUUAAGGUCUACUUAUAGGCAUUAAUCAGUCCAUAAUAAGACAGUAAUUUAGAAAUAUCAGUUUGUAUCAAUGUGAUUCAUAUUUGUCCAUAGCAAGAUGAUGGGUAUGUUGGGUGUAUUUUGAUAUUCUUUACAUAACUUAAUACAUUAAAAAUGCUUACCGGC